GUUGAUAGAAGAGGGGUAAUUUAGAGGUACGGUUUAAUGGAGGGUGUCUGAAGAAUGUUACUGACUUCAAAUACAGCAGAUCGAAUGAAGAGAGCAGAUGAAGAAAAGAAAUAAAAACAUGAAUAGUGUCAGCAAAAUGUACCUAUAACAAAAGAAAGGAGCUUUAAACAAAAGGCCUAAGCUUAAAUCAAAGAAAAAGGGUGGUUAUAUCACUUGUAUGAAAUAUGUUGCUUUAUGCAGCGGAGACAUGGGCAGUACGUAAGGAAAGAUUUGGUUUUGGAGAUGGGUUUAAGGAUGAUUUGGAGAGAAAGAAUAAAGAAAGAUGAAUUAUCAUUAACAUUGGAGAGAACAGAUUUAUUAAAGACACAAUUAAUAGCAGAAUAAAAAAAUGUAUGAGGCAUACCCUCGGAUAUGGCUGCUUAUUGAAAACGGCCAUAGAAGGUAGAAAACAAGGGAAAAGUACAAGAGGAAGAAUAAGAAUCCAAAUGCUAUAGAUAACAUAAAAAAAUGCUCAUUAUGAGCACAGUAGCCAAUGGUUUCAAAAGGACCUGUCCUCUGGAGAGGUAGAAAGAUAAUCCAUGACUGCAUAAAUUUCUAACUGUCUUUUAGGAGUCGGUGAAUAGCUAACAUGAUUUCACAUAUUGGUUAUGGUGUUUGUUGUCAUCAUGGGUGCGACCUCUAGAAGCUGCCUACAACACAGCGCCUUGCCUAACUUUUCAGGGCGGAACCCUUGGGUAGAUAUGUUUCGUUUUAUGACUGCCAAGUGCAAAUUGGAAUUGCAAAUAGAAUAUAUUUCUACUAUGAAUGUGCUAUAUACAGCGAUCUCAAUGCCACGAGGAGUCACUUCAACACAAAUCAGGAUUUGCCGAGUCUCCUCCAGUUAUGAUUUUUCAGUCGGAAAACCGAUGAAAAAAAUUCAUUUUCAAACACUUCAUACAGAGCAGAGCCUACAACAAAAUUUCAUGUUGUGCGAGUAUCAGAACUGGGAUCACGCAUGAGUGAACCGUUUUUAUAAGAAAGCUUAUCGAUUAAUUUCCAAUCUAGCAAUACUAGCAAUCUAGCGUACUGACUUGAUCAUUUCUGGAAGGGGCGAUCAAACCUGGGUACAGAAACCAAGUAAGUGCAUGCAUAGAUGUGUAGAAUCAAGAGGAGGAUUGAAAGUGAAUAGGACAUCGCCAGAAACUUCAUAAGCACACAGGCAAAGUCAAAAAGCUAUUCACAAAGAACAAACAAAAUAUAGCAAAUUGGCACCGUUUUCAUUUUAGCAUUAAAUGAACUUUUCGGAUGUUGAAUUGUUCAAUUUCAAAAUGACUUAAGGAAAUUUCUCAGUUUUGAGAGCAACAUGAAAAGAUCGAUGCAUAAAUCUAACAAAAACAAAGCCCCGCUUUGUGAUACAAAAAGAACAUAAAUUUAAAAAAGUCUAGACAUUCAUCAUGAUGACCGGAAGAAGGAACUUUAAGUUAAAAUGGUUUUAAUCCUCUGUCAUUGUGCAUCAGUAUGAUGGUCUUCACACCCCUUCUUUUAAAUAAUCUUUGUAUUUCUCUUAAAAAAUGCAGUCCCUUAAUUGAAAUAACACUCUUCCAUAAUUAAUAAUUUAAGAUAGAUUCUUAGAAGACUGUUCAGUGGUUCUGGCAACCUUUAUUUGAUUUUGCAGCUGUUUUCAUGAUUUUUGGAAGGUUGUAUGUACACAGCUUGACAACCACUGUUGGUUAGUCCUUCUAGCAAAAUUGUUCUGAUCUUUUUAAUAUAUUCUGCAUUUCAAUAAAGGAAUUGUAACAUGACAGGUAUUUAACAAUUAUUAACAUAUAUUUUCUUGGCACCUUAAUAUUUCUCUUAUCGUUUUAUGGCGCAACGCUGUUAAGAAAUAAUGAAUUCUUUAGAAAUAUCUAAACUUUGCAUAAGGCGAUUUGACGUCAUGAGGGAAACAGUUGAGUGGCAAACAAAACCAAGAUGAAUUUAAAUGAUUGAAUUAAGAUGAUAGAUAAACUGCAUUUGAGAGUCUCUCUCUUAGAGUGAAAUCUAUUUGAUUUUUAGAAUUAUCUAUGCACAAACAGGGCCUUGAUCACUAUAUACCGAAAAGUUACCAAUGUCGCAUACACAAUAGUCAAGUAAUAUUGACCAAGUUCAACCUAAAAACAAACACCUGCGUAAUGGAAGUGUCCCAUAUAGCUUCAGAGCUGAGACAAAACAGAUGCCACGCUAUGACUAAUAUUGGCAUCAUUUUUCGUCAUUUUCUUCCACAUAAUUUCACAGAUGCUUUUAUCAUCACAACUGGAUCAAUAAAAGGCUGAGAAGCCAAAUAUAAGUGAGAAUUCACGGUAGCUAUACACAUUCUUUCGACAUAUUGAUGGGAAAAUUGCGAAAAGGUAAGAAACAUUGUGCGUGUUUGCUUGUUGUUUGAGGCAAAAGGUAAUAUUUUAAAAGAUUGCAGGUUUAAGAACAGAGCGUACAUCUGUAGGAGACCUACGUAGUGUCAGAGCAGAUUCGGAGCCACAGCGACAAAAAGUUGACAAAUGUGUAAAACAGUAGAAUACAGCAGUUGUUGAGUGAGAGGAGCAUAGUGCUCCAUGAAAACCUCGUAUGCCUGUGACAAAAAUCCUCUCGUAAUGAGAAAUAUCCUUUCGUAAUCUUCCUGCAAAAUGCAAUACACCUCUUGGUAAUUACACAACCCUCUUCCUGAAGAAAGGGAUUGCAAAUUUCAGUCCUUGAUAUGCUAUGCAGUCUGAGGCAAAACCAAUGUGCAUGGGUGCAGCUUAAAAGACUAUCGACGGUAUGCGAAAUCUUAUCUUAUAAAGACUUGUCUAAUAACCUUAAAGAGCAUAUUGCUAUAGACCCCUUGUCGAAUGGACUACUAAGGUUGCCCAGCGUUUCACCAUUUAUUUACUUUUAUUCACUUAAAUUCUCAAUAGACAAAAUAAAUAUACCCUAUAGCCCUACAAAUUCGUGGCUUUAAGAUAAACAACACCCGAAAACACUCACUCUAGGAAUUGCGCUGAGUUGCUUUAUGCACUUUAGCUUAAGACAAUAAAGAUUAUAUUGACUUUAAUUCACUGCAUAAUUCGACAUAUUUGUUUCAUGGUAAGAGUUAUUGUUGUAACUGUUUUUAUCAUGCCAACAUGUUGCUCUAGCAUUUAAAACAAAAUAAAACACCUUUUAAACAGAAUUAAAUAUUGAUCAUAAAGUCGAAAAUCGGAAUUUAAAGUAACUAGCUCUUUCACUGAUCUCCAGCAGUCAGUUAUCAAAGACGACUCGGCAGAAUUUAAGGAAAAAAGUUAAAAAUAGUAGUUAAAAAAAGGCAAAAAAGGCACAGUUCUAACUAAAAUUAAUGUGCAAUUGACAGCAUUCAAGUUACUUUAGUUGUUGCUUAGAGAUUCGGAUCAAAAGGAGGCGUAAUGAAGCAGGUGGCAACAGAUUUAAAAGAUUUCUUAUCUGAUUUUGUCAAUUAUAAAAGCCGAUGCUGGUUCAGCGUGAAUAAAUAGCAGAUACCCGCUGUAACAUAAUUCGAAAAUCGGAAAGAAUUUUUCCAAACGCUAUUGGUACUUUCUCUCUAGUCUCUGGAAUUCUAGGUAUGAUUCUUUAUUUGAAUUUAUUAUUGUAAUUCGUUGAAAAUUAUAUAUCCAAACUUGUGGAAACGCAAGAUCCAAAAAUAAAGGAAGGCCAUCAAAGCGGAUUAGAAUAGGGGCUGUAUUUUUCAGGUAAGUAAUUUCUUGCAGCUUUAAACUCCGCCGAUAAUAUUGGAAAAUUCCUUUGAGUAGAAGUUUUUCAUUUUCUAUAAAUAAAGUCAGCAGAUUGACCUUUUGAAAUUGCAGAGACUUGCUUGCUUAAAAUAUAAUCGUCGAAUUCAUAAGAGAGCGUUUAAAGUUGAUUAGUAAAACAAGAAGAAAUAUAUGAUGAUUUAGGGCAUGGCCCAAUUUCACAGCUUUUCGACUCGUAUAAGAAAAUUCUGUUUAGAAAAUUAAGUAUAAGCCUUUUGCCUGAUUUCAAUUUAUUAUGAGAAAUUCCUUAUAAAACUGUCUAGUCAUAAUCUGGAACAUUUGUGGCAAUUGGUUGACAGGCAAAUAUUAGCUUUUCUGGGUUUUUGGCAUUUGAGGGCGUUACUGAAAUAAAAUAUUUAUCGUUCGUGUGUUGGUCUUGGGAAAAUUCUUUAAGAUGAUUAGGAGAUCUUAGAAACAAACAAACAGAACAAGACGUCACCAAUACAAAGCUAUUUAGAUUUUAAGAUGUUUUCCUUUCCGAAAUGGUACACAUUGUCUUCUUGCCGGCUCGUAAGCGGCCUGUCUACAUAUCACGCAAGAGAAUAUUUGCAUUGAUCAACGUUGCUUUGGUCGAGGUAAGGUCGAUUGAUAGACAAAUGUAUAAAGUUAAUGGCUUCGAAUCAAUAAGAGGAUACAUGAAUAAGCAAUAUAAAUUGCAUUUAGUGAAAAUAAGCGGAGAGCCUUGAAUGAAACUAGCCUAGUUUAACUAGGAGUUGAGAAGUUUCCAGCAUAAUCAUGGGAAACGGCUUAAACAAAACAGAACAGUCUCAAGCAUUUUAUUGGAGUCUGGUUGUAACUGAUAUUGUCACGUUUAUUUUAAACAUCCUUGUGCUUGCAAUGUUUCUAUGCUUCCGGGAGAAGCUACUUGGCAGCAAUCACAAUCGCAUCCUUUGCUCAAUGGCACUUGCUGAUGCACUGGUUGGUAUAUUCGGCAACAAUUUAGGUGUGCUGCUAUUAUUGAAGAAGAAAUCCGUGUACUAUAAACUACUUGGAAACGUUCCUUUGUUCAGUUGUAUGUUCGUUUCAAUCUUAUCGCUCAUACUACUGACUGUGGAUCGCCUCAUAGCGAUAAAGAGGCCCCAUAUAUACGGCUCAGCAAACUAUAGGAAUAUGCUUUUCCGGCUUAUUAUAGCUACUUGGAUCUUUCCUGGCCUGAUCAUCAUACAGAAUUCACUGAUUUAUCUAUAUAUUUCCAGCAAACAAGAGCUGAUCGUUAGAAGCAGUUUAUUCACUGCCUUCUUUGCAGUUGGCGUUCUUGUUCUAAUAGUUUCAAAUUCAUUUCUGUUUGUUGCUAUACGAGGAUACGCCAAAAGAUAUGCAGCACGAUCAAAGUUUUCAAAUGUCGAUAUACGGGGAGAGAAGUCAAGUGCAGAUCAUAGCUAUACAGGCAGUGAAACACAAGAUAAUAACACUUCUGGCCCUUUCAGCAAGUACAUUGCAAGCACAGAAGAACUGUCUGUAGGCAAUGCAAUGAACAAGAACGACGAAAAUUCAAAUUGCCAGAAAAAAGGAAAGCGCAGAAAGAGAAAAAUCUCAAAGCAUCAGGAGCUAAAGCAGACAUCUUUGAUCUGCCUCCUUUCUGUUGUUUUGUUUAUUUUGCUAUGGCUGCCGUUAGCCGGGUAUCGCUUUUGCUAUGCCACCGGCAUAAAGAUGGGUAUACCAUGGCUGAGAAGGCUUGCACUCUGUUUAACCAUAGCGAACAGUUUUUUCAACCCAAUAAUUUAUUUACUUGUAAAAAAAGAAUUUCGUACAUAUAUUAAGAGGCUGAUUUGCAAGUUAAAUCCAUUUAAAGGAUCCAAUUAGUGACAAACAGUUGUCGUAAAAACGUGAUGUCGUAAAAAGUUAAAACAGUUUUUAGCUUUCUAAAAAACUUAAGCUCGUCAUAAGAGACUAAAUUUCAAGUGUGAAAAACAAAAGAGAACCGGAUAAGGGUGAAUAGAAUUGAAUAUUCUUUUUUUCCUAGACAUUCAAAGAAGUAAAACUACAUCUUUGACUUGUUUGAUGGUGAUGCAGAAGAAUUUUCUGAGUAUAUUUCGCUUUAGGUUUAUAAAAUAUUCUUGCAAAAAAUAGACCUGCCAAUUGCCUUAAUGAAAACAUUGCUUGUACAUGUCUCAUUAAAUGUGUUUUCUUACAUGCUUUGUUGGCUGAGGCUGUCAAUUAACCUCGCAAUAACACGAAAUAGAAUAACUUUUCGAAGCUUUAGCCAUUUCUAAAGGCGUCUAUAAGGCUCAAAAGGCAAUCCACUCUUGCAAAUAGCGUACGAGAUUUUCCCUAAAACAAAAGGAUUUCCGGGGAUUUUCAGCUAAAACAAUAGGAUUUUCUAAAAAGGUGUACGAGAUUUUCUCGGAGUGAUUUACCCCUCGAUAAGAUUGAAACCAAAGCUUAGAAAACAGGUCAUUUUAUAGCAGUUAUUAAUUCUAAAAGGUUCACGAAUCUUAUUAUUUGUGUAAUAAGUGAUCUUUUUUGUUGAAAUCAUUCGCUAAUUCUUUACGCAAACUAACAAGAACCCUUUGAAAGUAGCAACAGCUUUCCUGCAGCAGGGAGUUUUUUAAUUAAGUUAUUUUUCGAUUAGAUAUACAUCGAAGAGACAAAAUAUUUCAAUAGUGGCUUAGUAUUAAUCCAAACGAAAAGCAGGCGCCAUAUUUGCAAUGUGAUCCGUAUUAGACCGUUUAGGCUCAUUCGAUAAUGUAAGGGAUCUUUAACACGGGAAAAGAUGAAUUUCAGAAAAUAUUAAUUGACAUUCUCUUGGCGAUGACGCACAAAAAGUAGGAAACAAGUUGGAAAAACGCAAGUCUAUCAAUGGGAACGCGAUCAAAUAUUGUAAUCCAAUGACACAGCAUAGAGCGUUAAACAGUGAUAGUAUAUGGCUUUGAAUACGGUAAUGAAUCUAAUUUGUUUUGACUUUUUAUUGCAUUUACUCUGUAUAUAUAUAAGUAAUUCUAACGAAGAUAUUAUUUUCAACAUCAACACUGUGUAUAAUUAACAUUCAAUCUCAUUCUUUAGAGUUUAAGUAUGUAUAUGAUGACAGUGUAUGUUCUCUCUGAUUAAAGUGAAAGUUGCAGAUGUUGAUACUUAAUGUUGAUAUAAUUAACACUGUUAGGGUGAGAUAUAAUUUUUCUAGAAGUUAAACAAUUUCUCCUGAGUGUAUAACCUAUGUUAGAAAUCACGUAUAGUAUAGGUAUUCUAUGAUUGCAUCUAUAAACUAAGUUGAAUUCUUGUCUGUUUGCAUCCUAAAGAUAUUCAUUGCUACAUAAUGAGUACGAAUUCGAUCUCAUAGAAACUAAUCAGUUUUAAUUCAACUUAUCAGAUUUCUUGGGGCUUUGAAAGACCAUCAAAUGCUGCAUCCUAACGAUUUUGACAGUAGCAUUAGAAGUGGAGGUACCCUUCUGUUCCAUCAUGGAAAAUGUUGUUUGUUGUAGGUGUUUAUUGCACAUUUGAUACAACAGCUUUACACACAUAUGAUUGCCAUUUAGCUUAUAGAUUUGCUCUUUGCUCUUUCUUGCAAAAUCAGCUGAAUAUAUUUUCGAAAGCAGAGAAAAGCGGAAGUGUCUAUUCUGAUAUACAGGUUAUUAACAGUUUCUUUUGAAUGUGAACAUAGGUGAAGAUAUGACUUGAUCCUUUGCAAACCUCAAAUUGAAAUGUCAACAUUUGCUAACACUUUUUCAACUUACAUAUGACAAAACUUAGUGUUGACAUCGUUGCGGAAAGUUUAGAAUUAUUGAUCAUUAAAUUUUCUGUCGCAACGGAUUAUGAAAAUUACAGUUUUUAAUGGAAAAUCUUAGUUCAAUAAAAAAGAACAAAUGAAUUCUUCUAUAAAUUAUGCCUGACAUAAAAGCUGUAGAAGUAAACGAUUUACUUAAUUAAUCAUGAUACUAUCCAGUUUAUACUUUAAUUGAUUUAUUUGUUUGCUAAUCAUAAUUCAAUCUUCAACUAUUAUUUCCUUGCUUAAGUGAUCCACAAAGAUUUUGCUAGAUCCAUCGUUUCUUAGCCUCACAAUUCUAGUAUUGGAUUAUGGCUGUUUUUUCCCAAGUAAAUGAAAAACCAAAGAAGACCUAUUUAAGUUGAAGCAACUGUCAAUUUAUGUUUGGCCAGAACUACAUCACUUAAAAAUACAUUUAACGAUCUAUCGUUUUUGGAAAAGAAGCAGUUUGAAACUAUGCUUCAUCAAAAGUUUUAAAUUCUCUUUUCAUCAUUCAGACAAACAGAAUACUUUCAUUUACUAAACCAGCAUCAGCAUCACUUGAAAACAAGAUUUCAACAGCUGCAUUCAGAUAGUGAUGAAGCUCUAGCACCAUUUGACCUUAGCCUCUCACAUUUUGUUGAAUAAUUAAUUGCCGUAUUAAAUUAUUGUUUCGUCAGCGUGAAAAAUGGCCGCUAUAUUUUGAAAAAAGAUUUUUCCAUUGCGAAAAUUAUCUCAGUUUUGAAAGAUAAGUUGAAAAACAUGAGCAGCUAAAAAUUUUUUUUUAAUAAAUAUGCCUUUCUCACAAAUAAAGGAUUUUUAUAAAUACGCUGUUCUGAUAGAGGUGGAGUUUUUAUGCAUUUUCAGAAACGUUCUUCGGUGGUAUUAUUACUGAGAGCUGAGAAAACAUCAAACCUUGAAAUAAUAACAAAAUAUACAUGAAAUUUGAAGUUUUUUUAAAUGAGAUGAUGAUUUUUGUUUGACUAAAAAAUCAGCUUUGCUCUGAAGCUAAGUACAAACGUUUAGGAUAUACUUUUAAAACUGUCCAGCUGUUUUUUAGCUAUCAUUUUCAUGACACUCCAUUGUGUUAUCGAAAUAAUUUGUGCUAUGAACACUAGUAAUCUUAAAAAUACCUUAUAAUUGUUAAAAAAUGCAUUCAAGUAUGGAAAAAGUUUGUACCGUAUAAAGGAACUAAAACAAAUUGUAUGUGAAUAUUUGAAACUUUUAUCAAGAAAAGUAUUACGGUUCGCUGAGAUACAGCGAGAAAAUAGAAACUAUUGACAAUAAUCUUGAGCAUUAUCAGACUGUAAAAGUUCGUUUUUUUAAAACAAACUUUAACAGCAUACUGAAGCUUCUAAUCUGCCACUCUUCCGUGUAUCAAACGUCAGAAGAAAGAUGGAAAAAUCAAGAAAGAAAAUCUAUAAACAGCUGUUGACCGAAAAAGGCCAAUCAGAGAAUCUCGAGAACAUGAUCGAGUAUCAUAAAAAUGGGUAUUAUAAUGCAUAGAUUGUUAUUUUGGCAAAUUUUUUCGGAUUAAAUCUAUAUCAUCUAAGCAUUACGACGUUUAUCACAAUUUAAUCAAACAAUGUAUGAUGGAAAUAUGGAUUAUUGUGUUUGAGGGGUGUCUGAUGGAUGAAGAGUCAUGCAGUGUACAACGACAACGUGAACUUGGAUUACAUAGCAUUUUAUAGCGUACAUAAUCUACGAGGCUGGAAACACAAAACAAGUAAAAAUUCAGGUUUAGGUAACUUCCCUACUAAAACAUUGAAUAGCUUUUAAAUCGAAUGAAUUACUCUUUUAAUGCAAUGCGUACAAUGGUCUUGAAGUCGAUGGGAAUACAAAGACGCCAUUGGGGACAAAGCAUAUCGUGCCAUUUUGUUGGGUUUUUCUGAGGACACUAGAGUUUGUUUAUUUAGUUUCUAUAUUGAACAGGCAUGAUUACGUUGUGCCAACAUUCAUAAAAAUUCCAUUAAACAAAAUCUUAUUUAGGUAAGAACGAUUUGUUAAUAAAUACAGUACCCAAAUGUUUGUAUUGUUUUUGCCGACCUUGUCAAUGGAGGUUGCGAAUUAAUCAUGCAAUCCUUUGCUAAACUUAAGUCCAAAAGAAAUCGCGGCGGAAAAGCAAUUUAAACAAUCAAUACUAGCAAAUUUAAUUGAUCCGGUUUGUCCAAGUCUAAAUUAUGUUACCAUUACAAGUGUAAACGUAUUAAGGACUAGGCCUUAAGGUGGAUUCUGUCUUAGUGAACAAUUCGCAAACGAUGUUUAGGCGCCCGCGGUUUUAAUAAGAAAUAACUCAACAAGACAAUUAAGGUAACAUCGAUAAGAAAUUUUAUUACGCGGCCAAGGAACAACGCCACCUAACAUUAAUAUGGAAGAUGACAAUCAAUGAAGAUGAAAUCAUCUUGCAUGUAUUGCAAUGUUUCUGAUGAGCAGCGCCUUUGUCGUUCUAAGCUUAUCGUUACAAGAUCCCUUACGAUAUCUUACAAUUCACAUAAGGCAAUUACAUUACUGAUAUCAUUUAAAGGAACGACUGAAAACAAUUGAAAAAGAUCAAUGGCCUAUUUUGGAAAGCUAGCAAAAAUGAAAUGGUGCAACUAGAGAAUUAAGUGAUAAUGUGAUGGGAAAAAGCUAAAUGACUGUGUUGUAACCAUCAUGGACAAUUUUUGUCACAGGCAACUGAUCUGCAAGACCACAAGCAGACCCGUCAUUGAAGGAGUCUGCCUUGCAACGUGAUUACCUGGGAAAGUUACCUGUUAAUAGAACAGAAGAAGAAAUUGGUCCGUUAAGUGAGAAGGGUGACAUAACCACACAUCAAAAGUGGAUCGCUUCAAGCAGCUGAGUACACCAAUUCAACCUACAGCCUCAUUUUGAAAAAUUCUUCAAAUAUUUUUGUGCAAAACUUUCAACCCCAGAUUCGGGUUAAGAGCAAUAAUUUAAGUUUACUUGGAAGUUUUCAGUAUGUCAUUGGUCAUGAGUUUGAUUGUAUGAGGACAUAAAGACAAAUAUUGUUUAAGUGAUUCGACUGUUGUUGGCGACUAAGGGGGUUACCCGGGACGACUUUUUGCGGUCCCCUACAAGUUUUCAAACUUCAUUUCUCCGUAAAAUCUAAACAAGUAAAAACAGUAUGAAAAAUUUACUGUGGUCGAAAAAUAUGGUGGUGAAACUGAAUUUGUGCUCAAAAAAGUCGUACAAUGAAGUUUGGAGUAAUGUCCAGAAUGAUUCCGUUAGUUAAAUUGGUUUAUAUUAAGAUUAUUAAGAAUUAUAAUAAGAACUAUGGUAAUAGGAAUUCGCUACAUCUAUUUUUUUGCUCAGUUGUUGCAAUAGUUUCACAAAACAGUUGACAUCCUUCGUUCAAAGAUUAGUUAGAAGAUCGAAAGAAAACUUUAAGCAGAGACUUUCAGGGUGCAUUUAAUGAAUUAUUAGCUUGAAGAACAAUUUAACAAGAUGCUUCUUAUUGAGGAGUACACCUAAAAAAGAAACCUCUAAAGCUGAAUAAACCGGUAAAUUUUGUAUGUUCACAACACUAGACACCUCCAACCUUAGUUUACGGUAUUAUUCCAUAGUGAGAGCUUUUGUGAUACGUAGGCUUGUGCAAGAGAACUUCAUUAUAGAUUCUGCAAAAUCAUAAUGCAUUAAUUCUAUAUUUAAAUCUCAAUGUGGAACCAUAUACAUAGGCUACUCUCGAUUCCCUUUUAAACAAAAAGCUUUCUGAGCCUAUAAAUAGCUUGAAUGCUGAGAUAUAAAACACAAUCAAAGUGAUGAAGUAGUACUGAGCUACGGGAAUUGGAAAACCGAUCGAAUUGUUAUCUCCAUCUCCAAGGCUAACGUGCUGAUCAAGCGAUGUCCGAUCAAAUGAUAUAAGAACAUCGUCUUUAGCCUUGAAUGAUGUAAGAACAGCGUCUUUAGAUGACGCAAGAACAUCGUCUUUAGUCUUUAGCUUUCGCAUGCAAGAUUUGCCUUAAGGUGGAAUGUAAAGGAACACCGACUGCUAGAUUCAAAAGUGAGAUGAAAAACCAUUGAGAAUUUGAUUGGCUAUUCAGCCAAAUGUCGCUCAACCACCGAUAUAGCACGUUCUAAAAAGAAUUUAUCACGCUAUGCGCAUUGACAACGCUUACAUGAAGCAGAUGAGAAAGGCAAGGUGAAUAGAACAAACUAAAUUGUCAAAAAAGUUUUUGUAUCAAGAAAAGGGUUCUGAUUCAAUGAAAAAAAGGAAGACAUGGAGCAUCUUUUCAACCAAGCAAAUGAAAAGUUUUCUAGCUUAGUUUGAAAAUUUCAAGCAUUUUUGAAAGGAAAUAAACGCGAAAACGUUAGAUGGCUCGCGUAGAUUAAAGUAAAAAUCACUGAUAAAUGAAAGUAAAACAAUAUUAGAGAAAUUAUAAAUUCAAAUCAAGUGACAAAUAAGUUCACAUUGAUAAAGCGGAAUGCCACACCCAGUGAUAUGAGCAAAUCCCACGCAACACCCGAAUGAUAACCCGAACGAUAACCCGAAAGACAGCUCUGAACAUUGAUUUGAACUAAACGAUAGAGAAUUAUACAACUAACGAGAACAGGAAGGAUUUUAGUGUCAGUUCUCCUUUAUAAAGAGCAACGAUGAACCAUAAGUUUCCUCCUGUCUCAUUCUAAUUGAUAUAAUUGUCUUGAGGAAGUGAGCAAAGGUGCUAUGUAACGAAGACAACAGAUUGAAUUGUUCUGAUUUGUCGGACGUAUGUUAAAUGAGCACUGCCUUAUCUUCAUCUUGAGUACCACAAGGUCUAUGACUUUCAUUCAUUGUUUUGCAUAAACUUAUUCACAUUGUCAUUUCAACGAUUACAUGACACAGAUUACUUUUGAGGAACCAAAUUUUUGACAUGCAUGGUAGUAAAAAAUUUUUGCCAACCUAAUUUUGAACAAAAACAUGAAUUUUGACACUCAAAAUAGGUUAUUGAUGACUAACUUUUAUUAAUAAACUUUUCUGAAUAUAUAAUGCUCAUUGUAAAGUCUCUGUUUCUAACCGAGUUGAUUCAUCAAAUUAAAAUAAUGUCUUCACCAAAUUUCUUUAGCAUAAAAUUCAAGUAGAGACCAUAUUUCAGUUUGCAAACUAUCAACAAACCUUAGGGCAUCGAAAUACUAACAAUUAAAUGAAAAUAUAAAAAGAGUCCAAGAAAGCUCAAUAUGCUUUUAAAGAAAGGAGAAAUUAUCUUUAAAAAGCGAACAUUUUCUCUAAGAACUAUCAUUUUGAACAAUAAGGCAGUUUGGGCCAACAAGAGUAAGGUUAAGGGAAUUAAAAUCCACUUCAAAUGAAAGAAAACACAGCAAAAAUAAUCAAUAAACGAUACGCUAACAAACUUUACCCACUAUCGUUUUUAAGAGAUCUUUAUAAGCAAAAGACAGGUGAUAUUCAAAAGCAGGCACCAAAGGGGGGUUUGUCAAGAUGCAGUCAGCAUCAUUCUCUUUAGACAAAGAAAAGAGAAAUUUUUACGAUAGGAUAUUCACUAGAAGGUUUUAAUCAAGAAUGUAAAUACUUGUUUCUAUGUGUUGUAUGAUAUCUACUUCUUGUAUGUACUUCUAUGUGUAAUGUGAAUGGACAAGCUUGAUAGAAUAUUGUGUAUUUCUGAUGGGAAGAACGAAGAAAGGUGGAGAGACAAAAAUAAAGGGUUGUCAGGUACCUUCGCAACCAAAGUCAAUGCUGAGGAUACCGUUGUCUGUUAAAUUUAUUAAAGAGCUUAUAUAUACGUACACGUCAAGGAAAACGCUUUGAUGUAUAGAACGGGAGUAGAACAGGAUGGUUCUAAGAUGCAACUCCAAGUUUCAUGUUUACUGCCAUCAUAUAUGACGUAUAUGAAAUGAUUUGCAAGAAUAUUGAAGGUGUUUCUAAUGGUGCCUAAUGUGAGUCGCUUGACUGUUUUCUGCUAGAUAGAAGGGCCCAUGUACGCGGGUUUGCCUUUAACAUAAUUAGAAAUAUAAACCGCACGCAAAAGAUCGCUUAGGAACCUUGUUUUUUGAGUACGCUGACCACACACAAUGUGGAGAUCUUUCAGACAUUAAUUUCAACUAAUUUGCAAGCAUGACUCUCAUAAACAAGAUGUUCUGAAAUGACACUUUUAGCAGGAAACAUCAAGGAAAAGCAAGUAUUCAAUCUACUCCGAGUAAAGGAUGUAGAAAUAGGUGUAGUGAAACCAAUAAGUUACUGAAGAAUUCAGCGUGGAAUGAUUUUUGCAAUACUUGAAAAUUUUUUCCGUGAUUCACCAAAGUACAUCACUCUUCAGUCCACCUAUUCACACCCAGCAGACAGUUGACAAUCAAGGAUACGAACAACAAUCCUUGACAAAGUAUCCUUUGACAUUUUUAGAAAGACUUCUAUGAAAUCGAACCUUCCUAGUGUACACUCUUUUUCUAUAAGAACCAGUAAACUUAAUUUCAGGCUGACUAUUAUUUUUUUCUCGUAAAUUUGAGGCUGGAUUGUUGUUAAGUUGUUCUUAAAUCAGUAAGGUGUAAGCAGUGCGAUUGCUAGUUUUUUUGCUUUGGGGAGGUUUUCAGGUCUAAUCUGCCAACAAGGUGAGUAAGGCGACCUCCAUUUGCCGACAAGUUUGGAUAUUCACCGAAAAAGUACCCACACAUAGCUACAAAUCCUCGAUUUUGAGAAAAAACGUUGUUCAAAAUUGCAUUUUGUAGCAGCUCAGCCUCAGCUUGUUCUUAAUUUUUUCUUAAUUUUUGACCAAUUUUGAGGCUCAUGUUUUUAUUUAAUUGUUCUUAUAAGAAAAGAGUGUACAAAAAGAACCAAGAAAGGCAAUGCAUUCGUUAUCAUAAAUUAUAUUUCAAUGGGGAUUGGUUACGGGUAAAGGACAAAGAAAAUACUUAACUCCCAAGCAUCGAUGCCAUGUGGGAAUUUUAAUAAUUAGGGAGCUGCCUUUUUUGUUCUGCAACAAAAACCCCAAUCAAAGCACUUAUGCUACUCAUCACAAAAAAAUUAAUAUCUCUUUAUCGUGCUAAGGAACUUUGAUAAAUCUCAUGGGCCACUAUUAUUAAAUGUUUGUGGUGAAGCGAUUAUGUGGAUGAAUGAACAAUGAAAUCGAGAUAAAAGAAGAAAUAUUUUGAUAUCAAUUUUACCUAAAGCUUUGAAUAAGUUCUAGUUUACUUUAUUCACUCACCGAGAGCGCUUGCCGCCUACGGAAAUAUCACAAAAUGUGUCACCCCGAGUAAAAACACGUUACAAAUCACGCUAUCUCGAUUAAUCAAAUUAGAAUAUCGUCUACCUGUCUUUGCAACAGCAUUAUUUCAACUGAGAUGACAAGAAAAUAUUGCGAGGAGAGAAGGCCCUUUAAAAAAAUGUAGUCUGUAUGCAGCUUCAGAUUUUUAACCUGUCUGCCAUCCCUUAUUAAAACCAAGUCAGUAUAUGAUUUUACGACCCACUCGAUUUGUCGCAUUCUCGCUGUCAGAAAAUCACUACAAUACAAUAAGAGAUAGCAAAAAAUCGUAAGGAAUUAAGUAAUUCAAUUCAUACCUCUU